UCCUGCCCGCAGACCGGUUGCAUUCGUUACUCGCCAUACACACGUGCAAACGCGUGCUAAAGAAAAACGUGCUUUUCCAGAUCCGAGAUUUCCCAUAAUUUUAUUCACGACAAUACAUCACCACAGCAUCCAAGAUGUUCUGGGGACUUAUUAUGGAGCCAAACAAGCGGUACACGCAGACCGUGGAAACAGGCUUCCACCUAUCCAUGGCUAGCUUAGAUGCUUCCACUGCUUCUAAUUCUCUUGUGCAAGUGAUGCUGUGUUAUGACCACAGAAAUUAUUUACUUUGUACACUGAAAAGAGACUCAAUAUGGCAAGUACCACUGGACCUAAAUUUUCAAGAAGGAACAAAAAUUUCUUUCACAUGCAAUGGAGAAGGACAUGUUCAUCUUACUGGAUACUUAAUGCCAGUUGAUGAAGAUUUAGAUGAUUUUGAUGAAGAGGAAAUGGAAGAAGAAAUACCAGAACUUGUAGAAAUUGGUAAAAAGAGGAAAUCUGAUAAUUCUCCAAAGAAUAAAAAUGAGAAGAAAGCCAAGAAAUCAGUAAUUGAAGAUGAGGGUGACAUAGAAUCUGGUGAUUCAGAUGAUGAUAAUAAUGGAACUAUUGGUUCAGAAGAUUCGGAUGAUGAUCAUGAUGAUGAUGAUGAUGAUGAUAAUGAUGAUGAUGAUGGAGAGAAAGAUGAUAACGAAAGUGAUGAAGACGGUGAGGAAGAGCCAGUAUCAGUCUCUGUACAACAGUCGAAAAAACAGAAGCAGAAGGAGAGCCAACAAAACCAUAGUCAACAAAACCAGAGCAAGAAAGAAAAGAACAAGAUUGUGAAUGGAAAGGAUUUAAAGAAUGAAAAGGAACAAGGUAAACAAAAAAAAAAUAAAAAUGACAGCAAAAUUGAACAGCAGCAUCUGAAAAAGAGGAAAAUUGAAGGUGGUGUUCAAGUUGAAGACCUCAAACAAGGUGGUGGAGCACCAGCCAAACCUGGGAAAUUUGUUUCAGUUUAUUAUAUUGGUCGACUGAAGAAUGGUAAGAAGUUUGACCAGACAACCCAAGGUGAAGGCUUCAAAUUCAGACUUGGAAAAGGUGAAGUAAUCAAAGGAUGGGAUGUUGGUAUUACUGGAAUGAAAGUUGGAGGCAAGAGAAAGAUUAUCAUUCCACCCAACAUGGGCUAUGGUGCUAAAGGGUCACCGCCAAUCAUCCCACCAAACAGUGAACUUACUUUUGAAGUUGAGCUGAAAGCAGUUAAUUGAGAGGUGUGCCAUUCCAUCACUUAACUAGAAGUUUUCUUAUGAACGUUCAUUGAAUUUUUAACAAAAAUAGAUAUCUAAUACUAAUAACUAGCAUUUCUAAUUAGUUUUUACACUGUUAACUCAAUUUUAAGAUAGUUGUCAGUCUAUGCACUAUUUUUCUUAAGAAAAUAAUAUUGUAUCACAUCAACAGAGAGAACUAUUUUUUCUAUGCUGAAUCAAUACAUUAUUACAUGAUAACAUUCUUAACAGUCUGAGACUGUACAUAGAUAAGUGUAUGGCUUGAUCAUACGAUGCUUUUGUAUUGCUUUAUUAUUUAAAACUUUAAUAAAGUGAGGAUCUUAUACCUCAAUUUAUUGGAGUAAUUAUGUCAUUAGAAAAGUUGAGAAGAGUAAGAACUUUUUAAAGAAUUGUUUAUGAAUAAAAAUAUAUUGAAAUA